GCUCUCUCUCUUUUGACACUGGUGGCAGGGCAACAGAGUGAGAGGUAGACUUUCAGUUCUAGCCCACGGACACUGUGAAACAGUAGACCUCUCCUUAUGCAUUUUUAACAGCUCAGCAAAUGAUGGGAACAGUUUGAUAGGGACAGUUUGUCCACAGAGAGAGGAGAUGUGUCAUUCCAUGGUUCUCCUGCACCAGAAGAGAAGUACCUAAAAAGUUGGACUGAUUCUUUUGCCGAUAACUUCCACUUGUCAAUUCGGCUAACCUUUUGGAGUAUAUGACAAGCAAAGUAGAAGAUUUGCCCCAUUUGGUCACAGGUGCAAACCUCAAGGGCUCCCAUUUCCUCAGAAAGCCCUUCUGAUCGCUCCUUCAGAGGUUUUUAGGUUCAAUAGGAUGCCAGGUUCCAGUGGUGUCAAUGUGGAAGGCUCUUGCGAGGCUCUUUGUCGAACCCUCGUGUCUCAAAAAGGCCUUCAGAGAGAGACAGCCGACAUCUCCCAGUCUGUUCUCUACACAUCGCUGAUGGGUCUGCUGCUGGUUACUGACAAUGAGAAAGACCCACUCGCCUUAGGAAGUGGAAGGGUCGGUCUUAGGAACAUAGGCAACACAUGUUUCCUGAAUGCUGUGGUCCAGUGUCUGUCUCACACACGUGCUCUGAGGAACUACAGCCUCCUAAAGUCUUACAAGCAUGAGAAGUUCUCCAAAGAGGAUGCAAAGCUCAUGGAAGCUUUCUCUAAGGUACUGUCAGGUCUGUGGGAUGUAAAUGAUGGAGACACUGUUGUACAUCCUCGCAAGUUCUACAGUAUUUUCAAAGAUGCAGUGCCUUACUUCAGUGGAUACAGUCAACAGGAUGCUCAGGAGUUUCUCAGAUUCCUACUAGACAAGCUGCACACUGAAAUAAACCGCAGACCCAAUGUAAGAAAAACAGGGAAGGAGCCUGAGCAGAAAUAUGCCAGAUUCAGGUCGGCAAGCAGAAAUCUAAAAAAUGCAUCCUUGAAACCUUUCCUUUCUAAUUUGACCUCGAUGUUUCUUCAUUUUCUGACCACCAAUAGGAUUGCUGAGGAGGCAGCUGCCAUGUGGAAAAAGCACUUGGAGAGAGAUGACAGCAUAAUAGUAGAGCUUUUCUCGGGCCAGCUGCGGAGCUCGCUGCAUUGCUCGGUCUGCUCUCACUACUCCAACACAUUUGACGUGUUCUGUGAUCUGUCAUUGCCCAUCCCAAAGAGGAGCUCUGGAAGGGAGGUCACACUGUGGGAGUGUUUGGAUCUCUUCUCCCAGGAGGAGAAACUGGACAAGGAGAAUUCCCCAAUGUGUGAGAGAUGUAACCGGCAUACGGAGUGCACCAAGCGGCUGAGCAUCCAGAGGUUCCCUCAGGUUCUAGUGAUUCACCUGAAUCGCUUCACAACAUCCCGAUGGUCCAUCAGUAAGAGCACAGUGCAUGUCUCUUUCCCAAUCACUAACCUGGACCUUGGACCUUAUGGACCAGCUGACUGUGGUCCGGUUCUGUAUGAUUUGUAUGCUAUAUGUAAUCAUGCUGGGACGGUGAACAUGGGCCAUUACACCGCCUGCUGUUUAGAUGAAAAUGGCUGGUGUUUCUACAAUGAUUGCAGUGUGACUGCACUUUCAGAGAACCAGCUUCAGACCAAUCAAGCCUAUGUACUGUUUUACCAGCGCAGCAAGAAAACCUCUACCACCACAAAAUGAAACAAGACCUGCUGCUGGCUCAGGCAGGCAGCCAAUCAGAGCAACCUUGGAUUUAGUGUCCACAGAAACAAAUUCGAAGCUGCAAAACAGAAAAAAAACAAGAAACUUCUUAAUCUUAACGAAACACCAUCUCACCACAGGGAACAUUAUAUAAGAGAAGCUAUGCUCGCUUAAAGUGGGACUGAAUUUUGACAAUGCUUUUGAACCCGCUCAGUGAGACGGUUAAAACUGUAGCCAAAGGAGUUACCCUAUAGAUCUCAGGCUGGAGAGAGUAAUGUUAUGCUCAGGCAAUAGAGCCUGUGUUUUACUUUCUAAUUCAUGUUAAAAAAAAAAGGGGCUGGAAAAAAAAAGUUUUGACUGGAUGCAUUUGAUGGAUGACUGGAUGCAAAGGAUUCAAAUGAAACUUCUUUGUGAUGUUUUUUUUAAUGUAUGACAAUCUUUCAGCAGUCAAAUAAUAAAAUGCUAUUUUCUUUUUUAUGUA